AUGGGUUCAUCAAUUAACUAUCCUGGGUUUGUGACUAAAAGCGCUCAUUUGGCUGACACUAGUACGGAUGCGAGCAUUUCAUGUGAGGAAGCAACAAGCUCGCAGGAAGCGAAGAAGAAUUUCUUUCAAAGGGAUUAUAACAUGAUGAAGAAGGCGCCUGCUCCAACGAAGUCUAAACUGUCUUUGGCCUUGCAGACUUCCAAGUCAUCCUCUAGUGCCAACGGUACUGUACAAGAGGAUACUUCCUCGAAGACAGAAGAUUUUUCUACAAAGAGCAUUAAGAAAAAACCAGAUAGCGGCGUUGAAUCGCAUGUGUCCAUCCAAUCGGAUUCGGGGCCACAAUCAGACUCAGAUUUGGAUUCAGAUUCCUCUAUCUCAUCAUGUGACGAAAGGAACGAAGAGUCUUUGAAAGAUUACAGGCCGGGUGGGUACCACCCUGCCUUUAAGGGCGAGCCCUAUAAGGAUGCACGCUACAUUUUAGUAAGAAAGCUGGGAUGGGGCCACUUCUCCACCGUUUGGUUGGCAAAGGAUAUGGUAAACAACACUCACGUUGCUAUGAAGAUUGUUCGGGGCGACAAAGUUUACACAGAAGCUGCUGAAGACGAAAUUAAGCUUUUGCAAAGAGUGAAUGACGCCGAUAAUACAAAGGAGGAUUCCAUGGGGGCUAAUCAUAUUUUGAAAUUGCUAGAUCAUUUCAACCAUAAGGGCCCCAAUGGCGUCCAUGUGGUUAUGGUAUUUGAAGUCCUCGGCGAGAACUUACUGGCUUUGAUAAAGAAGUAUGAACAUAGGGGCAUUCCAUUGAUUUAUGUCAAGCAAAUAUCGAAGCAGUUACUGCUUGGUCUUGAUUACAUGCAUAGGCGGUGUGGUAUUAUACACACAGAUAUUAAACCAGAAAACGUGUUGAUGGAGAUUGGAGAUGUUGAGGGUAUCGUUCAAAUGGUCGAGGCACUGGAUAAACAGAAGAGAGAGGCAAAAAGGUUGCAGAGGCACGUUUCGCGGUCUUCUGAUAUUACCGCGAACGAUAGCAGUGAUGAGAAAUGGGCAGAAUGCCAAACAAGUAUGCCCUGCGGCUCAAGCUCAAAUUCCAAAUCUCGUUCUAUAGAGAAGGACUUGUCAAAAAGAUGCUUUAGAAGACCUAGACGUCAUACAAUUAUCACAGGGUCGCAACCAUUACCUUCCCCAAUUAGUUCAUCAAAUUUCUUUGAAAUGAGGGCGCACUUUUGUGGUAGUAGUCACAAUAGCUUUUCCUCCGUAUCUGGGAAUAGGAACAUUCCAUCUUCCAUCAAUAAUAACAGUAUUAAUAAUGGCAUAGGCAUUAAGAAUAGCAACAAUAGUUUCUUAAAUUCAGUACCACAUUCUGUGACCAGGAUGUUCAUAAAUGAAGACAGUAAUGAUAACAACAAUAAUGAUAAUAGUAAAAAUAAAAAUAACAACAAUAACAACAGUAACAACAAUAAUAACGAGGACAUAAUGAACACACCUUUGCAUGAAGAGCAGCUGGCAGACUCUUUAUCUACAUUUGAUAUUUCCAAUAUAUCACAAAGCUCCGAUACAAAUGGUCCAUAUAUUUCUAAUACUAUGGAUUCAAAUUCAAACGUCAGUACCGAUAUCAACUCCCCAGAAAAUUUGAUUCAGAUCAAGAUUGCUGAUUUAGGUAAUGCUUGUUGGUAUGACGAACAUUACACGAAUUCUAUACAGACAAGAGAAUACAGAUCACCAGAGGUGUUACUAGGCGCCCCUUGGGGUUGUGGUGCAGAUAUAUGGUCUACUGCUUGUCUAAUUUUUGAAUUGAUUACCGGAGAUUUUCUUUUCGAACCGGACGAAGGUCAUUCCUACACUAAGGAUGAUGACCAUAUUGCACAAAUCAUCGAGUUAUUGGGAGAAUUACCAUCAUACCUUUUGAGGAACGGCAAAUAUACAAGAACUUUCUUCAAUUCAAGAGGGCUUUUAAGAAAUAUCUCGAAAUUGAAAUUUUGGCCCUUAGAAGAUGUUUUAACUGAAAAAUAUAAGUUUUCUAAGGACGAAGCCAAGGAAAUAUCUGAUUUUUUGUCGCCUAUGUUACAGCUAGACCCAAGGAAAAGAGCUGAUGCAGGUGGCUUGGUUAACCAUCCAUGGCUCAAGGAUACCUUGGGUAUGGAAGAGAUUCGGGUACCUGAUAGAGAGUUGUACGGGAGUGGUUCCGAUAUCCCCGGAUGGUUUGAAGAAGUCCGCGAUCAUAAAAGACAUUGA